AUGAGUAGUUUGAGCCCGGUUCGAUUUCUUGAAUACAUGUCAAUAAAUGAGAACAUAGAUAAGAAAAAUGGACUUCAACUUCAAAUCUUCUCAUCAGCUGUGAUUGCACAGUCCUGUCCAAAGUUUCUUGAACCAUUCCUUGUCCCAUCUUUUUGUACUCCGAACGUGCCAUCCCCGAGUUUCCGUCAACCUUAUGUUCUAAUUGAACUCAAAUUGGACUGUUUUCGAGAAAUACACUCAUUUGCAAGUCAAUUUGGUUGUCACGAGAGACUCAACUGA